CUUUGUCUCAGCUAUAAAUAAAGAUGUUAAGAAGAGGUUUUACAUUCCAACACAUAGAAAAACUCUUUCACAUAUAUUGCAGUUUUAUAAUUUUAUCAUCUUUUUUUAUUUGUUUGAAAUCUUGUGGCAAAAAUGGUUAAUGUUGACCAUGAUCGUUUUACAACACUGGUUCAUGAACUGAACCAGGCGAAAUAUGAGUUUCAUUACAAAUGUGCGGAGUUAGUGAGUAAUCAUGAAGCUGCUCAACCUAAGAAGGUGCUGGAUGAAAAGAAAAUGGAUUUGGAAAAGCUCUACGAGAAGGUGAAAGAAGUUAUGAAGAAAAUGGUUGCUUUCGCUGAAAACCCAAAAAAAGAAGGUUAAUUUUACUUUGCUAAUAAAGAUCUCUUGUACGUAAAUAAAUAAAGGUUAAUUAUUUUACUUUUCUUGAACUAUUUAAGUCCAGUGAGACUUUCUUGUAAAUAAAUACUUGAGAUUUGC